AAGGGUUAAAUAUUUUUUAGUCCAGCCCAUGUGUGAGGAAAUGGCUACCGAAAUGGCUGACAACGGUAUCUUGUCACUGAAGCAAGAAACAGUACUUUUAAAGGAUUCUAUUAAGCUAGAAAGAAUGAAGUAUGCUGAUACAACUUUGAAGGAAGCAAGUGCCAAGAUUAGCGAUGUGUCUUUAGUAGCACCUUUACAGUCAAUGAAAACAAGAAAGACCCUCAAACAUCAUUUGAAAGUGAUAGCAUUUGAUUGGUCACCUGAUCAGAGACACAUUUACAGUGGUGGUGAAAAAGGUCUCACUGUAAUUUGGGAUGCUUUUAAUUCUCAAGAGGAAAUAUUUAUUGAGACUGAUUUUGAAUGUGUUUUUUCUUGUGCAUAUGCUCCAUCAACUACUCUUGUUGCUUGCUGUGGAUUGAGCCGAAGAUGUAGCAUUUAUGAUGUAAAUUGUGGAGUUAAUUUUAUAAAAGAACCAAAGAAAGAAUUUUUACUGAACAGUAAAUACAUUACACAUUGCGUAUUUGUUGGAUCAGACCAGCAGAUAUUGACUGCUGGUGCUAAUACUAAAAUUGCUCUAUGGGAUAUGGAAAGGCCAGACCCUGUUUGUGAGUUUGUUGGACACAAGAGUGAAGUGAUGGGGGUAUCAUUAAUGCAGCAGAAUUCAUGUUCAGUGUUUGCAUCUUGUGGCAAUGAUCGCUGUGUGUGUAUUUGGGACAUUCGCUCAGGGAAAUGCAUUAGAAGAAUUGAUGAUUAUUCAUCAGAACUUAAUGCUGUUGAAUUUUACUCCACUGGUGAAGCUGUUGCUACAGCAGCUACUGAUGGCACUAUACGUCUUUUUGACUUCAAAGCUGAUCAAGAAAUAAUGUUAUAUGCUAAACCAACUAUUCUUCUUGCUGCAUCAUCACUUGAUUUCUCUAAGAGUGGAAGAAUUUUGUUUGCUGGUUAUGAUGAUAACACACUGCGUGCUUGGGAUGUACUAAAGGGAGAACAACUGUCUGUUUGGUAUGAUCAUGAAGAUAGGAUAAGCAGUGUCAAAGUAUCUCCUGAUGGUACUGCAGUUGGUACUUGUAGUUGGGAUUCUACAGUGCGAAUAUGGGCAUAGAUUACCAAUGAUUUUUAAAUUUUCUGUGUCUAUCCUUUCAUUUUUAACUAUCCAUUACAUUUUGUGCAAUUGAA